AUGGGCAGAGAGGGUGAUGUUAGAGGGAGCAGGCCAUCAGUGCGAUUCAGUAAAGCCUGCUUGAAAAAUGUCUUCACUGUGCUGCUCAUCUUCAUCUACCUGCUGCUGACCACUGUGGCCAUCUUCCUGGCCUACCAGACCAUCUCAGACUUUUUGGAGAAACUCAGCCAGCCUGUUAUGUCUGUCACCUACAAAGAAGUUGAGUCAUUUCCACCCCCAGGUAUUGCUCUGUAUCCGGGCAAUGCUCAGCUGCUGAGCUGCAAACAUCACUACCAUGACUACAUCCCACCAUUAACGAAUCCUGGUAAACCUCAAAGAGGGGACUGUGAGGUUAAAGAAGUGACUUACUUUGGGCCGUUCAUAAAUCAGACUGAGAAACGAGCUUUGGUGGUCCGUGGCCCGUCUGACGUCAAAAACAAAGAGCUGAUCUUCAUGCAGUUCAGUCAGAACGAAACAGAAGCGGACUUCAGUGCCAUCACUUACAUGCUUUUUUCUAAGUUCAGCGACUUGAUUCACAGUGCAAACCAGUCGGAGUUUAUGAGGGACUGUGAGAAGAAUUAUUCCAUGUGGACCUUUUCUGGAGGAUUCAGAACCUGGGUCAAAAUGUCUUUAGUGAAAACAUCUGGAAAAAGUAAUCAAGCUGUUGAGUUUCGGCAAGAGUCCUCUGUGGUGAAAUUCAAUGAUAAAAGGCCUGAAGCAGAACAAACCAAUGAGCUGUUCUUUGCUGUUUUUGAGUGGCGCGAUCCUUUCAUUCAGGACAUCAGACUGAUUGUGACUGCGAACCCCUGGAGCUCCAUGGCUAUCCUCUGCGGUGUCUUCAUGGCUCUCUUCAAAGCUGCUAAUUUUGCCAAGCUCACUAUAAAGUGGAUUAUUAAGAUGAGGAAGAGGCAUCUGAGGAAUAAAGCGAGAGAACUGAGCCCCGUAAGCUAA